AUGAGGUCUCCUGCAGCUCGCCAAAGGCAUCAGCGGGAACCUGCUGUUCCCCCAGCGCCCUCCUCCCUUCCGCCGUGCCGUAUCCUGCAGCGCGUAAACGCUGAAAAUGCCUCUGCGUCGCCGCAUCUACAGCCUUCCGCCCCGUUGGCUCCUCUUAAAGAUGGCCACAGGUCAGGUGGACACUUCCCAUCACUGCAGCGACUGUGCGACUGUUGUGUCUCUCCGAAGAGACGACGGGGCCCCAGGCGAUCACGCCAUAACGUAGGCUUAACAGUAGUAGCAGCAACCCCGGAGCAUGCAUUGGAACACAGUGGCCGAAGGCUGUCUUUCAGCGCCAGGUCCAGCAGCUGCAACAGCACUGCAAAGACAAGCCGCCGUGAAAGCUCCGCAGUACAGAGGAGUGCAGAAACAGCAGCGGUUGCAGCAGAGUCCGCUGCAUCGGCGCAGCGUCGUGGAGCUGUGGGCACGUGCUACAGCGGCGGGUAUGAAGCGGAGGCACUUUUGUGUACUUGCGCCCGCGACAGGAGCGAAGCUGUUGCAGGCACUGCCUCUCUGUGUUCCACAGCAGCCAGACUAGGACCGCGAAAUGCUGCGACAGCAUAUGCUGCAAUUUCAUCACGCCCGACAGUAACAGUCGCGACAGCUGUCUGCGCCGUAGAAAAUAAUUCUACAGCCCAGGUUCUGACCGGUCGAACACCGCGCUCCGAGGUCUUUCAACCCCAGCUGCCGGAGACGCAGUCUCAACAGCGUCAGCAGGGAGACCCUUGUCCAGGGUUAUUUCCGCAUACCAGGGGUGGCCAAUGUAAAGGAGAAAUCUAUUACAAGGCAGCAACGGUAGCUUCAGCAGCAGCAGCUGGUGCUGCUGCUGCUGCUUGCAACUGUGGUCAACAGAAGGCAGCGAAGGCAGCUGCAAUGCGGCUGCCUGGGUCUCCCUUGACUCUCUUGCCCAUGCCGGGGACGGUGAAGGCAGCAUUUGAAAAACCGUCGGCAGAAAAAUCAAGGGCAGGACCAACCACGUCUGAACUUGCAGCCGAUAAAGGAGCUUGCGGCUGCGAGCCUCUUAAUGGAAGCUCGGCUGUAAAGGCCAUGGGCCCUUCCGUAAACUGUUACGUGAAAACCACAGCAGCAGCAGCAAAGGCGUCUCACGAAGCUUACAUGCGUGAAGAGCUGCUGCAUCAGGCUGAAAGCCGUUACACUGCUGUGUUUGUCCCCGUGGACAGAAGGCUCAUGGAGCAAGUGAAUGAUGAGUUUAUUCGCUCUGAUAUCAGUAGAUACCCCGUUAAGAACACACCUUGUGGCAUUGUGUUCUACUCACCUCGGUACUCUGAUGACCGCUUCACUUAUCGUCACGUUCUCCUUUCCGCAGGGGUCAAAAGUGCAGCAGAGGAAAUCGCAAGUGCGACAAAGAGGGAGAUGCGCGAGCUUAUUUUGAGGAGACCACAACAACAGGAGGAUUCUACAAAUCUUCAAAAUCAGUUGCUUAGCGAUGAGGUUUCUGAAGAGAGUGAUGACUCCGAACCAGACGAGUCCUCAACAGCAAAAGCUUCAGGGGCUCCAUCACAGGCUCUUACUCAUCAAGACUUGGGGAGACUGCUGCAGCAAAUCGCAGAGAUUGCAACGUCUCAGCAAGCGAGGCGGCAAAAGCAUCUACUACAGCAGCAGCAGCUUGCAAUUGCAAGGGCUGUUGAGAAAGCAAACAGGCUGCUACUGUUAAUGGUGCAACUACAGCGAGCCCCAAAGCAAAUCCCGCAAAGGACAUUCGAUAGGAUGAAGUGUCUCUUGGCAGGUUGUUUUUUUGGUUCUUUGCCCCCUAUUUCUGGAGAAAAUCAGGAGCAAUCAGCAGCAAGGAGGUGCGUGCUGCAAAGAGGAAGUAUAGGGAGGCUGAGGAAGCUCCUAGUGCUGCUGCUGCAAUGUGUUGCUGCGAUCACGCAGCAGCAGCAGACCUCAGAUGCAACUGAGAUGCUUUUGCUACAGCACAAACUACUGAUGCAGCACAAAAUCCUCCAGCAACAAAAAGUCCUUCGAUAUGCCCUGAGAGGGCUGGAAAGGGAACAGCAAAAUACCCCAGCCUCGUGCCUUCCAGAAAACCCAGAGGAGUUGGAAGAGAGGCAGCCGGACCAGCUGGAAGGCCAGCAAAAAGCACAGCAGCAACCUCAGCCUGACGGUAAUCAGGAAGUCCGCAGGCUGGAAGCCCUUCCUUAUAAAAAAAGCAGCUAUCGGGGUACAUCAGCUAUGCGGCUUCGAAAGCGUCGAGGGCCGUCUUUGGCAUCUUCGCCUCCAGUUGCCACCCCGCAGAUAGACACUCCCGAAUACCAACAAAAACGGUGGCCUAGAGCAGCACCAGCGGCAGCUGACGUUGCUGCUUGUAAUGAUACUGCGGCUCCCCAUGCUCCUGCUGCUUUGCCAAGUGGGAUCUCAGCUGCACGGAAGGUUGCCAACCCGAGUACUACUGCCACAGCUGCCGAAGGCACCUACAGCCCUUCUUCACAGCGCAAACAGAAGAGGAGGCGGUACCCCUUGAGGCAUUAG